AUGCAGCAUGACCUUCAAGUCUGCCCUAAUAAACAAACAGCAAACAACUCUCCACCAACACAAGUUACAGUACCAGUACAGGAAGAUGACUCUUUGAUGUCUGCAGUGGAAAACUCACCCUCAUUAAAGAAAGCCCCUUCUAUUACUACAAUUAUGGCAGAACAUUACAAAUUCUCAGAGGAAACUUUGUUAUGUGUGAAGACAAAAGUUACAGCAUUGGAAAAUUCAAUUCAUGAUUUAGAUGAUAAAUACUCUCAGCUUGUGGAAGAUAUUGACACACUUAAAGGUACCAAUGAUGAUGUGAGUAAGCUGAACAGUAAGCUGGACAGUUCUAUCAACAAAUUUGACCGUGCAAUUAAUCGGUUAAUUUCCACUAAUGAUGAGAAAAUUGGUUUAUUAAAUUCAAAAAUUAAUCUGAUGCUUCAACAACAAGACGAAAAGGAGAGGACUUUCAAAGACCAACUUUCUGAGAUGUCAUGUGUCAUAAAUAAAUUACAACAUGAAAAUAAAAAUCUUCAAAUAAAUUAUGACACAACAGAAGCUGAAUUCAUUGUGGUGAAAGAAGAAAUACAACAACUUCAUGAUAGAAAUAAAGAUCUGCAAGCAAAGUAUGAUAUGUUAACUGCUGAAAUGUUAGUAGGUAAAGAGGACCUUAAAGUCGGCAGUCCUGAUGAUUUUAAAGUUGCAACACACACUUUCAGGAAACCCAAGUCUAUUAAUACCAUUCCGUCAGUACUCCUAGAAAAUAAGUAUGAUCUGCUGAAUGAUGUGAUGAUUGACGAGGAUAAGAAAUGUGAUGAUGUGAAGAUUGUGGAUGGUAGAAACGUGGACGAAACAAAAAAUAAACAGUCUACACAAAACAACGAAUCAGCAGAUGUUGUACUAAUUGGUAAUUCACUAAUUAGAGACAUCAUACCAGAAAGGUUGCACCCGAAUAGGAAAGUCACCAAACAUCGUGCAACCUAUGUCAGUGAUGCAUCCAAAGUUAUUGACAAGACAAAAUCGAACAAUACUUCUUAUGUAAUCAUACAUGAAGGUAGCAAUGAUGUCGUUAAUAAUGAUGUAGAUGAUGUGGUUAAAGACAUGAAGUCCUUAAUCACAAAAGCUAAACAGGCACAUCCAAAAGCAAGUCUUAUCAUUUCAUCUAUUCUACCACGAGGUAAUGAUCACUCCAUCAACGAGAGAAUUCAUACGAUAAACUCACAAAUUGAGUCACAUUGUGAUAAUGAAGACAAGGUUGAAUUUUUUUACCACCAUAAGUUAUCAAAUGCCCGUAAUUUGUAUUGUAGAGAUGGUAUUCACUUAAAUGAAGGUGGAGCAAGUGUCUUAGCAGCAAACUACAUCGGUAAGAUGAAAAAAGGCCCAACUGUUAUUAAUAAUGGGCAAAGAAAAACCAACUACAAAUAUCACAGCAACCAUAACUCCAAUGAUGACUACCAACGUAAUAAACAUCAUUCCAAUUUCAAGAAAACCUUUCAAAAACACAAGAAACAAAGGCAAGCUAAUGACAAUGGGUCUUAUGAAGAAUACAAUGUCAACUUCAGAAAUAACGCCACCCUUCCUGACUAUCAAUAUACACCAAACCAAGGAAUGUGGCAAGGUAACAAUUACAACAAAAGAUCCUGGAAUGAUGCAAACUACUGGCAGCAGACACAACCACAACAAAUGCAGUAUAAUCAGCAGUAUUAUAAUGACCAGUCACCACCUUGGCAAGGAAAUCACCGUUACAAGAACACAUGGCGACAAUUUUGA